ACCGAGGAAAACACGAUAUAUAACAAUACAUACAUAGAACCCCCACUCUGCAUGCAACCAGCCGCCAUUUGCAGCCACGCCAACCGCUGAAGUUGCCCGAAAGUCGCGGUAUCGUUCUUUGUUUUCAAACCAAUUUUCGUUUUCUAUGCCACAGUUUCAUCCUUCCUUCCUUUUUCUCUCUAAGAUUUUCGUUUCUUCUUCCGAUUUUCCCGGAUUCCUCUUCUUAUCUUUCCCAUCGACCGUUUGGUUGACGAGAAAAAAUUCAAGAAAUCGCUUAAAAUAAUAGCCGAACAGUCAGUUUUUUCUUUGUUUGGAUUCGCUUCAUCUCCUUCCACUUUGAGGUUAAAGAUGAAAUUCGGAGAAACGUUUAUGGAGUAUUUACACGGAGAUCGUGAAUGGUUCUUGGACAAAUGUUCGCAUGUUGAGUAUAAGCGGUUGAAGAAGGUUCUUAAGAGCUGUCGGACUUGUAGACUUAAUGAUUCUUGCACAAAUGAAUGUGAAUGGAAAUCUUGCCCAUUGUGUGAUCAGUUGUUCUUCUCGGAGUUGAUGAGGGAAGCCUCGGAUAUUGCGGGGUGUUUCAGUACAAGAGUUAGACAUCUUCUUCAUCUUCAUGUUGCUGGCGGAAUUGAGAGAUACAUGACGCGAUUGGUUCAUUGCUUUAAAACUGAUCAAACCACGUUGAUACAAGAAGGCCGCAUGUUGAUUGAAUAUGUUACAAUGAAUGCUAUUGCUAUCCGAAAGAUUCUUAAGAAAUAUGAUAAGGUACAUAGCUCUGUAAACGGAAAGAACUUUAAGUUGAAAAUGCGAGCUGAACAUAUGGAGCUUUUGCAAUCCCCUUGGCUUAUUGAAUUGGGUGCUUUUUGUUUGAAUUUUAAAGGAGCCGAUGGUGGAGAUUAUCCUUCAGGAUUCUCCACUCAUUUUUCUGUGAUUGUCGAUGUGGCACCGACAAUGACAUUGAUGCUUCCAGAUUCUAUAAAGUUGGAAUAUGAUCUUACUUGCCCUAUAUGCUUGGAAACAUUAUGACCAUAUGCUUUGGGUUGUGGGCUCUUCUGCAAAUCAUGUGUUUGUUUAGCUGCCAGGAUGAGGGUAAUGGACCGAAGGCUGCCAGCCAGGGUCAAGUGCCCGGUUUGUAGAGAGGCUGGGGUAUAUCCUAAAGCAUUGCACAUGGUGGAACUGGAUAUGCUAUUGAAAAGAAGGUGUAAAGAGUACUGGAAGGAGAGACUGGUGGCAGAACGAGCCAGAAUGCUGAAACAAACGAAAGAUUUCUGGGAUUCCCAGACUAGAUAUGUGGUCGGGUAUUAAAAAUUUACACUACACCAUAUCAUCUUAUAAUCAAUCUGAUAUUUUCUUUUAUGUAACAUCAGCUGCCUUUGUUGCCAUUUGGUGGAGUUGGUGGCAGCAACUUGUGUUUUUGGAAUAACGUUGGUUGUUGCCUUUUUAUGCAAAGAAAAAAGCAAAACCAGGCGUGCAAACAUAUGGAUGUGGGGACUCUCGGAGUAAGAAAGUAUUGACUUUGCCUUUGUUUUUGUCAUUUUUCCUUAUCCAUCCAAGAACAGAUGCGAAGUAUAUGAUUCAUAUGUUUUUUUUUUUUUUUUUGGGGUCUUGAAUUUCUUCAAUUGAAAAAGAAAAGAAAGAAAAAAACAGCUUCUAAUUGUGCCAAUUGUGUAAUGAUUACAUGUGACAUUAAGUAGUGGAUUGUUUGGUGGUAAUUGUGAAAGCAUAAAUAAUUAUUGUUUUGAUA